AUGCGAUCCCACGUGAAGAACGUGGUCACGCAGACGCGCGCCGCACGGGCUCUCUUACGCCCAGUGCUGGCGUCCCACCUGCAUCUCCGUACGAGGCUGUGCGUCUACAAGACGUACGUCCGCACGCGACUCACUUACGCGGCCCCAGCUUGGUACGCGCUACUAAGCGAAACGGACCGCAAGUCGCUGCGGGCGCAGCAGUCGCUAGCGCUCCGCACCAUCGCCGGAGCUCCACGCUUCGUACGGAACGCGGUCAUCUCCAGGGACCUGCGCAUGGAGAGCCUCGACGACCACGUUCGCCGCCUGAGCACCUCGAUGUUCGCGCGCGCUGAUGGAGCGCAAGCCCAGCACCUGCGGGGCAUCGCGCCAUACCAUCGGCGUCCGCCGGACAAGUUAGGUCUGCCACGUGACCUGACCACCUGA